AACAAGAGUUUAUUUGUGUAAAGGAAAUUCUGUCGUUCUCAGUUCUUAUCUUUAUAAGAAAAACUCUUAAGUUACUUAGCCAGACAUUAUUACAUCGAAAUCGCCGUUAUUGUCAGAGCUUCUUAUCGCAAUUAUAGAUUAUUGUUACCGAAUAAAAUUCAUACAAACUGCUUGGAGUGUUUUCUGAUCAAUUGGUAUAAUUUCCUAAACGAAGGCAGAAAUGACGGACAUUGGCAAAGAAUCACCUAAAUAUGAUCACAUUCAAAGGACUGGGAAUCAACAACGAGAACCAGAGAUCAUUAGCAUGCAAAUUGUUAGCGUUUCGAAUGUGUCUCCAACUGUGAAGCAUUUGAUUUUACUUACGACAGAAAACCCAGUUCCAAUUUCAUUUAAAGCGGGACAAUGGGUGGACAUGAUGAUACCCGGAGUAGACACUGUGGGAGGAUAUUCAAUUUGUUCAAGUCCAGCACAUCUCCGUGAAACUGGCGAAUUUUCUUUGUGCGUUAAAAAUUCGGAUCAUCCACCUGCUCAUUGGGUGCACAAUGAAUGCAAACCGGGAUGUACAGUUUCCAUACGAAUAGGAGGUGAUUUUUUCUUAGACACCAAUGUCACCACGACUGGAAAAACCAUUCUAUUGGUUGCAGGUGGGGUUGGAAUUAAUCCACUAUUCUCGAUCAUCACCCAACUUAACGAACAUCAGAAAAGCGUUGGCAAUCACAUUGCAAAAUAUUGCCUAAUGUACAGUGCCAAAACGGAAGAUGAAUUAUUGUUUAAGGAUUCUCUUGAUCAGAUUGCAUCGCAAGAUCAAACAUUUAGCGUUCAGUAUUUUUUAACAGACAACGAAGUAGAAGUGAAAAAGUGUCAUCAAGAGGAUGUAAAAUUGGGUCGGAUAACCAAAGCGGACAUAGAAAGUUGCCUGACAAACAAUUUGAAUGUUAAUGUUGGAUCCGAAGAAGCAAACAAGCAGACAAUAGUUUACUUAUGUGGACCACCUCCGAUGAUAGAACAGGUUCGAGAAAUAUUUAGCGCCUUGGGAAUCGAGAAAGUGUUUUACGAAAAGUGGUGGUGAUUUCAAAUUGAUGGUUUGUAGUAUUCUCUUCGUCGCCACUGUCGUUUUAAGUUGCAAGUCAACAUUUUUUCUACAUUAGUUACACGGGUUUUCCAUUUAUUGAUCGCAGUUUUUGACGAGAAAUUUUAUCGAAAAACAGUAGUCCCGCAUGUCGUUCAAUACUUUC